GUCGCCCUUCCCGCGUCCCCCGCGCUCCCCCCGGUAGCCCCUCGGCUGGGGAGGGGUCGGGCCCCGGCGGUGCCGGCCGGGCCCCGCGGGGGUUCGGGCGGUGCCUGCCGGGGGGAUGCCGUCCUGGCCCGUCCAUCCCCCGGGGAGGGACGGAGGUGCCGCUAUCGGCCCAUCUCCCGCUCCCCGUGGGAGGAUGUAAACUUUCCUGGAGAUCCCUCAGCGCCGUCUGCCAGAUCUCCCUGACCGCGGGCUCUCUGUGUCAUUUGUAGUCACCUGCUCUGCUCUCAUUGUUUAGGCGUUCGAGGGUUUGCCCUUCUCCCCUCGCAUCUGCCCCUUCUCCCCUCGCAUCUGCCCCUUCUUCGGGUCUUUUUUGGUUUUUUUUUAAGGAAGUUGCAUGGAUAAAUUCCUAUCCUACUUUUUAUAGUGACUGUAGGAUGCUGUGUGAAUGUAACUCUUGGAUAAAAAUUUCUGUGAGGCUUGUGAUUUGGGUUCUCAGCUACAGAACCCUACAGGACUCUUCCCCUCUCCCCUUCUUCACCCCCCCUUUCUCCAAAAUAAACCUCCCAGCAAUGAGUGUCCCACCCGGGAAACUGCGAAGCACUUGUAAGCUUGUGACUCUGCUAUCUCCAGUGAGCGUCUUGGAAAAAUCAGCACAAAUAUUUUCUGUAGCUUUUCCUGAGAGACCAAACCACUUCAGCAUCUGCGCUGGCAUUUUCUGAAGCUUGUUUACUUCUCACAGGUUUUCCCUAGGAGUCUGAAAUUUUCUUCACAAAUACAAAUUCUAAUUUUUUGAAAUAUAGUUUGGGAAUCAUACAGGUCACACAGCAAAACAAACUUUACAAGUGCAGGGGAUAGAGAUCACUAUUCUUUGUAGGAAAUGCUGGUGAGGUUUUAACUCCUAUAAUCAGGCUCCUGAAACAUGUUUGGGCAGUAAAUAGAAAUUAGAGUCCAGGUUACUUUCCAUUCUUUGGUGCUGAACAAUGUCUCAUGCACUGAGGGCAUCCUGUGCCUGAGAGUUAUUGAACUUGCACUUUUAUAUUAGGAAAUCUGUUGUCUAAAGCUCAGUAAAGCAGCACAGAAGCUACAGGAGGGUGUAAAACCUGCUGCUUUAAAGAUAAAAUAAAGAUGCUGUGAGGGAAAGCAUCACAUUUAAUACUUUAGUAUUAAUAUAAGAAAUGUGAGUGCAAAUGAACCCAAAUUUUUCGGUGAAGAAUGGUUGAGUGAAUUUCUGCUUGUGUGAUUCUAGGGUACGUGUAACUUCUCAUUUCUUAAAUCAAGCCCAUGGAAAAUUGAUCUGUAUGGAAUAAUCUUUGUGUCUGUAGUAUGUGUGUUCCAUUUUGGUGGAGACAGUGAAAAUCUCCCAGCCAGUGAUUCCACAGUACGUCACUCCUUGUGAUCCAGUCUGUGAGACUUUGACAAAGCUGACAACCAAGAUUCUAUCAACAGGAGAUUUAAUCACUGUUUUUUGUAAUUCUUACUCAUUUGUUAGCCUUUUAAACAUGGAAAACCAAAAUAUUGAGCUGUUUUUAAGUUGCAUUUUUCCUCAUUCCAAUGAAAUGUAGUUUGAUACUUGGCAAACUAGAUUAGUUGCUCUGGGUGAUUUAACUUGAGAGAUGAAAACAGAAUUUUGAGUACUUGGAUUCAGAAUUGUGAGGCUGUAGCUGCAUUACUUGGUUGGUUCAUCUUUCUCAGAAAAUAAUAUUUUGUUUCUUUUUUUAAUGGACAGGAUAAGUGCAUUUUGACACAAAAGUGGUCUGAGAGUAGUGUCUCUUCACAUUUAUGAGAAAGCAGAUAUAAUUUAUGGAGAGGUCUAGAGAUGUUUCUCAUGCUAAAGUUUUUUUCAACACUCUUUAAAAAUGUAUAAAUAGGGUAAAUGCCCAGUGAAACAAACAAACAAACAAAAAAAGCCACAACAAAUGUGGGGUUGAAAAGAAAAAUUUCAGAUACCCUUGUAAAAUGCUUUCAGAGUAAUUUAAUCUGAUGGUGAAAAGAACGUGAAUUUCCUUUUUGGCCUGCUUGAGUUUUGAAUAAUUUUUCAAGUGUUAAAUUAUUUGUAAUUGUGAAGUAUUUAAAAACAUAUAUUUGCUUUUUUUUUUUAAACACUAGCAUCCCUGUAUCAAGUAAAGAUUGGCAUUAUUUUUAACUUUACUGUAAACCUUAAAAAAUCUAAUUAUGCAGAAGUACUUGAGGAAGUCAGGCUGUGUCAGGUUCUGGUGCUGCUGCAGUGACGUGCCUGUUGUGCGCUGGAAGGUGGAAAGCAGCGAGCUCUGAGAAGAUUCUUCAUAAUCUUGUGUCUUGGAAAGUUGUUUUUUCUAUAAAUUAAAUAUGCAUUGAGAGGAUUGCAGUGGCAUUCUAAGGUCAUUUAAAAUCAUGACAAGCUCAGUCGGACAGAAGAAAGUCUCCUCCAGACAAAGGAAGUGUGGGUUCUGUCGGUCGAAUAAAGAUAACGAAUGUGGGCAGUUGCUGAUGUCGGAGAACCAGAAGGUGGCGGCACAUCACAAGUGUAUGCUGUUCUCAUCCGCACUGGUUUCUUCACACACUGAUAAUGAGAGUCUUGGUGGAUUCUCUAUUGAAGAUAUUCAGAAAGAAAUAAAGAGAGGCACAAAAUUGAUGUGCUCUUUGUGCCACUGUCCUGGAGCGACCAUUGGCUGUGAUGUGAAAACGUGUCACAAGACAUAUCACUACUACUGUGCUUUGCAUGAUAAAGCUCAGAUAAGAGAGAAACCUUCACAAGGCAUUUACAUGAUUUUAUGUCGAAAACACAAGAAAACUACGCAUAACUCUGAAGCAGAUUUAGAAGAAAAUAUCAAUGAACACGAAUUGGAGCCUUCACCUCCCAAAGGAAAAAGGAGGGGUCGUAAGGGAAAGCCAAGAAAAACAAAUUUAAAAGGGCAAUCAGAAGACACUAGAUCUACAUCCUCACACGGCACAGAUGAAAUAGAAAGCAGUUCCUAUAGAGACAGGUCUCCCCACAGAAGCAGCCCCAGUGAUACAAAACCUAAAUGUGGAUUCUGUCAUGCAGGUGAAGAAGAAAAUGAAGCUAGAGGAAAGCUUCAUAUAUUUAAUGCCAAAAAGGCUGCAGCACACUAUAAGUGCAUGUUGUUCUCUUCUGGCACUGUCCAGCUAACAACAACUUCAAGGGCAGAAUUUGGUGAUUUUGAUAUCAAAACUGUACUUCAAGAAAUCAAGAGAGGAAAAAGAAUGAAAUGCACACUCUGCAGCCAGCCUGGUGCUACUAUUGGGUGUGAAAUCAAAGCCUGCAUAAAAACAUACCAUUACCACUGUGGAGUAGAAGACAAAGCUAAAUACAUUGAGAACAUGUCACGAGGAAUUUAUAAACUCUAUUGUAAAAACCAUAGUGGAAAUGAUGAAAGAGAUGAAGAGGACGAAGAAAGAGAAAGCAAAAGCCGUGGCAAAUCAGGCACUGACCAUAAUGACAUUCCUCAGCAGCAGCUCAAUGGAAACUAGGUUCAAGGGACAGAGUUAUAGAACUGGGAAUGGCUAAGACAUCAUAACUACUAAUUCUUUUAAAUUGUUUUCUAAAAAUCAGAAAAGGGUUAGUAACUUUUUACUACCCAACUCUGUUAGAAAUUUCAUUGAACUGCCUGAAACGUUCAUGUGUGUGAGCCUUCAGUAAGUGGCAGAGUUUUACAUGUCAAUAUUAUGUAGUUUGUAGUCUGCAGUGUCUGGAAAAAAAAUGAAACACUAUAUAAAUGAUAUGUAAUAUGUACAGUGUCAAAAGUUAAGGCAGACAUUGAAAUGAAGUAAGAUCUAUAUUUCUGGACUGAAUAAAAACUUUACGAUUUGGAAUGUGUAAGUUGUUUAGUGGAUUCACACAAUGAGGGAAGGUCUUAGCUAGUUUAAUUAACAACAUGGACAAGUCCGUGAUGGCAACCAGCUGGUACUUUGUGAAUUUUGCAUUUUCUUCCUGCACAAGUUCCGGAGGCUGUACAUGGCAGAGCCGUGCUGUUUUUGCUCGGGAAGCACCCAGUAGGAAAGGACUCGGUGUACACGAAGCACGCUUGAACAUUUCAGGUUGUUCCUGUUGUGAUUGCUCAUUCCACCCGGCAUUGUUUGCGGGAGAUUUACUUGAGCAGCUGUUGGUUCUGAGCUGUGAGCUUUAGAACUCAUGCCAAAGGGCUGUGGUUCAUUCUUUCCCCAAAAAUCCACCUCUUUCUGUGUCCUGAUUUACAAAGAACACUUCACCAAGUGUGAUUAAAACCCUACUAUACAAAUGUUUGGACUUUGCAGCCCAAUCUCUUUUACUUCAGAGAGUUACAACUCUUAACUCACUAUGGAAUUUAGCCACCAUAUCUGAUGUCCAUACCUCAGGUGUUCUCUGUUGUGUGGAACACUUCAUGUUUUGUCAAGAAUGUGCAUAAAGGUCCCAUAUUCUAUAAGAAGAAUGAGGAAACAACCUUUUUUGCUAGAUUGGUAUUUAUUUUUUAAUCAUAUGACCACUAUAUGGGAAAGUUCGUGUAUCAUCCUUAUUGUUUUAGUGAUUUUUUUUUUUCCUUUCUCUGUCAAGUCAACAAUCACAUCAUGGAAUUCUACUUGCUAUAAUUUGAUGUUCCUUGAGGGAAUGCUCAGAUCUAGGCUAUACCAAACCUAACAGAACAGUCCUCUGACUGCUUUCAAAACAGCUUGUCAUUUCUAAUGGCUACUGGCUUCUUCAAUUGGUCUGUUAAAGCACAUCCUCAGACUUACUUAAAUAAAACCAAAAAGCUGAAUCUAGUCCACAUGUUUGUCUGUUGCUACCGCAUCACCUUAUUGUUUGUUUAGGGUUUUGACUUGUUUCACUCUGAACUCCCAACAAAACUUCUGGAUUUGAAAGAAGGAAACAAGCAAAAGACACUGAUUUGACUAUAAACUGCUACAGUUCUUCUGUGAUUGGUAUUGCAAAAAUGGUUCAUUUGUAACAUGAGUUUCUGUAGCAUUUUUUACUUGUAUUUUUAAAAGAUUUAACGUGUGUCAUUUGUCUUCUUAUGCAUUCCCUUAAUGUCUUGAGGGACUCAAUUACUGUAUAUUGGAGUUUCUAACAUUUUACCUGUUAGAAUUCAAUCAAUUCUGUCUGCUUUCCUGGAGAAUAAUCCCGUUUGGAAAGAAAUAUUGCUGUGUACAGAAAAUAUUCAGUUACUGCUCUAAACAUGAUGCCAUUGCUCAUUUUUAUUUUGUAUUUGUAACUUUCAAAAUUAAAAGCGUGACUUGAAUUGCAAUGACAGAUGGAUUAUUGAAAUUGUCUAUCAAGGUGUUUUGUUUCUCCUAGAAUGUGAACAUUUUUCAGCCACUCAGAACAGUUUUAAAAUGCAAAAUAGCAUCCUUCAAUAUUUAAAUUACUUCAGUUUGUGCCUCAGACAUGGCCCUCCCAUGGAAAAAAAGGCACUUUGUUUGCAGCUACUGUAUUUAACUAAGUUUGCAUGGGGUAGAUCUGCCAGCAUACUGACUGUACUUGAGACUGAGCUCUAAUUCAUUGUGUCAGUGGCUUAGUAUAAUAUUCAGUCCAAUAACUCACCUGUUGUGGAUAAAUUAACCCAUACCUUGCCUUGAAGAACCAGAACAGCACUUUACCUUCGGGUAGCAGAAAAGCGAGUGGCUGGUUUCCCUGUUACCCCUGUGUGCUGAAAUGGCCUGGUGAAUCAAUUCAGAAUUCAUGGAAGCAAAGUCAAAAGCAAAAACCUUUUCUUACAAGCCUCAAAUUUGUCAUAACUGACUUCAACUCAUGUAUGCUGGGUAAAAGUGCCUUACGAUGUAAAAACUGUAUUUAUAUGUUCCCAAGUAGCAUCACCUGCUGGGGAGUAAUUCUGUCGUGGUGUUAAUAUUUAGAAGAAAUGUACCUCAGCAGUGUAUUUACUGUACAUCUCUUACGUCCUUAAUUGUAGUUUUAAAAAGCAUGACAAUGUAUCAUAGUAUACAACAUUUACAUCAUUUUUUUUAAAAGAAAAAAUACUGCCAUUACUGUCUUUUUAUGUGUAUUUUAGCUUGGAAUUUCAGACAGUCUGUCUGAAUUUUUGGGGGUUUGUUUUGGUUUGCAGGUUUUGGGUUUUGUUUUUUGGUUUUGUUGGUUUUUUUUGUUUUUUUUUUUUUUUUGUAAAGCAAUGUAAUCUUUGCAAGCAUAUAUUGAAGAUUAUUCUGGAGCAUCUACUGCCUUCCCAGAAAUGUUAGAAGUAAUGAAAGUGCUCUAUAGGUGAACUAGGUAUGUUUAAAUUAGCUAGUUAAAUUAAUACAGUCAAUUUGUUACUGAGAUUUUUUUUACUAGGCACCUUCUGCUUUCAUCUCACAAUCAGAGAAUUCAAUGUCAUGAAUUCAACAAAACUUGUCUUUACAAACUGGUUUCACUUUAAUUUUUUAAAUUUUAUUUUAUUAUUGUUACUUUUUGCCUUUGGGCAUUUAUUUUGCUCACAAGAGGAUUGUGUGCUGUUUAAGAUGCCUGGAACCCUCUGAGAAGGGAGGCUGCUCCCCAGCUCCCUGCACCUCUCCAUUAAGAGAUCUCCCCAACUCACUGUGGUCUCCCAGAUCUGUGGUUCUGCUAUUCCCAGAAGGACUGUGCCAAGGAAGGACAGGCAUCACAAGGAUCCUGUUCAAAUAUCUUGAGGAUACAGCUGGUGCAAUGCCAGAGUCCCAAGGUCAAAGCCCAUAGCAGUGGGCUGUGCUGUCCAGGGCAGGGGGAAAGGGCUGGUUCAGUGUCAGUGCAGCUCCCGAGCAUGAGGGGAGCAGAACAUCUGCUCCUCCAGCACGGGCUGCUCCACAGGAGGUUCUGUGCUAAGGCUCUAGUAGGAGCCACACCUGCACUCCACAGCGUCUCAGCUUUAGGUACAAAGAGCUGUGCUGAUCUACAACGGUUUGAGUCUGCCAAAUCUGGCCCCAAAAUGUAGUGUAACAGAAGAGAGUUUGCCUCUUACUCCUGCCUAUAGGAAAAAGAACUUCAUGCUAAAACUGAGCAAAAAAUGAAGAGGUGAUAAUUUAUUUGAAAUAUCAGACUUAUCUGGCAGGUGAUAAUCAGUGCAUUCCAAAAAUAUUAACAAGCUGAAUCAGAUUGACAAGAAAAUUAAUCCUCAUUAGAUUAAAUUAAUCUGAAGAGAACUGAAAGUGCAUGAUAGCAAUUAGUAACUCUUCUCCAUGUCACCAGAGUCAGAUUCCACUGUAUUAGUGAUGGAGGUGAAAAAACAGAACACAGCCCUUGAUUUAUAUACUUGGUGAAGCAGUUCCUAUAGCUGCGUAUGUAUGCACAGCCAUUAGUCUGCAGUGACAUCUCAGCCCUUAACGAAUCCUGGAGAGCUGUUGCUUGUCAAAGCACUCAGGUUAGGCCAAUGUUUGCAGCUUUUGCUCUAGCAUAUAUUUACAUUAGGUGUAAAGACAAGGAAUGUAUGGAAGAGGGUGAAUGCAUUCCUAUCUACAAUGUUAUGUAUAUUUUGUUCCUGUUAUAUUGGCUUUACUUCCAAAGUUGUAGUUUGCAGUAUUAGUUUCUUUUUAUUGGUAUCCUUGCAUAUAUAUAUUCAAUAAAUGAGUUAUGAAUUUCA